GCGGCGGAGCGAGGGUCCCUUUGUUCAGCCAUUUCAGGGGCCGGAGCGGGCUCGGGUGCGGAGCUGCGGAGGGAGAGGACGGGCAGCUCCCUCGCCACUCCCCUGCCGUCGGGCUCUGGGAUGGUGUGGGCUGCUGGCGGUGUGGGACGCACCGGGGGAAAGGCUGACGGCGGCGCCAGCGGGCCCGAGGCGGCCCGGGCGUGCGGGAGCGUGCCCGGCGCUAGGACCCAGCAGGACGAGAGUCGGCACUCGGGGCCAGAUUACAAAUUCGCCGUGACUCAGUCUGCUCGGCGCAGAGCUCAGCGGGCGGCGGCGGGAGCAGAGAGCCAAGAUGGAGUACGAGUGGAAACCCGACGAGCAGGGGCUGCAGCAGAUCCUGCAGCUGCUGAAGGAGUCGCAGUCCCCGGACACCACAACGCAGAGAGCCGUCCAACAAAAACUAGAACAACUCAAUCAGUAUCCAGAUUUCAACAACUACCUGAUUUUUGUUCUUACGAAGUUGAAGUCUGAAGAUGAACCAACACGGUCCUUGAGUGGUCUUAUCUUGAAGAAUAAUGUAAAAGCACAUUUUCACAACUUCCCUAGUGGGGUAACUGACUUCAUUAAAAGUGAAUGCUUGAACAAUAUUGGUGAUUCUUCCCCCUUAAUUAGAGCUACUGUAGGCAUUCUGAUAACAACCAUUGCUUCAAAAGGAGAAUUGCAGAAUUGGCCUGAACUCUUACCAAAGCUUUGCAGCCUGUUGGAUUCUGAAGAUUACAAUACCUGUGAGGGUGCUUUUGGAGCUCUUCAGAAGAUAUGUGAAGAUUCUGCUGAAAUUUUAGAUAGUGAUGUAUUGGAUCGACCACUCAAUAUCAUGAUACCCAAGUUCUUGCAGUUCUUCAAGCACAGCAGUCCAAAAAUAAGGUCUCAUGCUGUUGCAUGCGUCAAUCAAUUUAUCAUCAGCAGAACUCAAGCUCUUAUGUUGCACAUAGAUUCUUUUAUUGAGAAUCUUUUUGCACUGGCUGGUGAUGAGGAGCCUGAAGUACGCAAAAAUGUUUGCCGUGCCCUGGUAAUGUUGCUGGAAGUUCGAAUGGAUCGCCUGCUUCCUCAUAUGAUUAGUAUAGUUGAGUACAUGCUUCAGAGGACCCAGGACCAAGAUGAAAAUGUGGCUUUGGAGGCUUGUGAGUUUUGGCUGACUUUGGCUGAACAGCCAAUUUGUAAAGAUGUAUUAUGUCGGCAUCUUACUAAGCUGAUACCGGUGCUGGUAAAUGGUAUGAAAUAUUCAGAGAUCGAUAUUAUUCUGUUGAAGGGGGAUGUUGAAGAAGACGAAGCUAUUCCAGAUAGUGAACAGGACAUAAGACCUCGUUUUCAUCGUUCACGGACAGUGGCUCAGCAACAUGAAGAAGAUGGUAUUGAAGAUGAUGAUGAUGAUGAUGAUGAACUUGAUGAUGAUGAUACUAUUUCUGACUGGAAUUUAAGGAAAUGUUCUGCUGCUGCUCUAGAUGUCCUAGCCAAUGUAUUUCGUGAUGAACUUCUGCCGCACAUCUUGCCCCUUUUGAAGGAAUUGCUCUUCCAUCCCGAAUGGGUAGUUAAAGAAUCUGGUAUCCUUGUUCUUGGAGCUAUUGCUGAAGGCUGCAUGCAGGGUAUGAUUCCAUAUCUACCUGAGCUGAUCCCUCACCUUAUUCAGUGCCUCUCAGACAAAAAGGCUCUUGUGCGCUCCAUUACAUGCUGGACUCUUAGUCGCUAUGCACACUGGGUAGUUAGUCAACCCCCAGAUACAUACUUGAAGCCAUUAAUGACUGAGUUGCUAAAGCGUAUCCUGGAUAGCAACAAGAGAGUACAAGAAGCUGCCUGCAGUGCCUUUGCUACUCUAGAAGAGGAGGCUUGUACAGAGCUUGUUCCUUAUCUUGCAUAUAUACUUGACACUUUGGUCUUCGCAUUUAGUAAAUACCAGCAUAAAAACCUGCUCAUUCUUUAUGAUGCCAUAGGAACCCUAGCAGAUUCUGUAGGACAUCAUCUAAAUAAACCAGAAUAUAUUCAGAUGCUAAUGCCUCCAUUAAUCCAGAAGUGGAACAUGUUGAAGGAUGAAGAUAAAGAUCUUUUCCCUUUAUUAGAGUGCCUGUCGUCAGUUGCUACUGCCUUGCAAUCUGGCUUUCUUCCAUACUGUGAACCUGUGUACCAGCGUUGUGUAAAUCUGGUGCAGAAGACCCUUGCACAAGCCAUGCAGUUGCAUAAUGCUCAGCCAGACCAAUAUGAGGCUCCAGAUAAAGAUUUCAUGAUUGUGGCUCUUGAUUUACUCAGUGGUUUAGCUGAAGGACUUGGAGGCAACAUUGAACAGCUAGUGGCUCGCAGCAAUAUCCUGACAUUAAUGUACCAGUGCAUGCAGGAUAAAAUGCCUGAGGUACGGCAGAGUUCUUUUGCAUUGUUAGGUGAUCUGACAAAGGCGUGUUUUCAACAUGUUAAGCCUUGCAUUGCCGAUUUCAUGCCAAUUUUGGGAACCAACCUAAACCCUGAAUUCAUUUCUGUGUGUAACAAUGCCACCUGGGCAAUUGGAGAAAUCUCCAUCCAGAUGGGUAUAGAGAUGCAGCCUUAUAUUCCAAUGGUGUUGCACCAGCUUGUAGAAAUAAUUAACAGACCCAACACACCAAAGACGUUGUUAGAGAACACAGCAAUAACAAUUGGUCGUCUUGGUUACGUUUGUCCUCAAGAGGUGGCCCCCAUGCUACAGCAGUUUAUAAGACCCUGGUGCACCUCUCUGCGAAACAUAAGAGACAAUGAGGAAAAGGAUUCAGCAUUCCGUGGGAUAUGUACCAUGAUCUCGGUCAACCCCAGUGGAGUAGUCCAAGACUUUAUUUUUUUUUGUGAUGCUGUUGCAUCGUGGAUUAGCCCAAAAGAUGAUCUCCGAGACAUGUUCUGUAAGAUUCUUCAUGGAUUUAAAAAUCAAGUUGGGGAUGAGAAUUGGAGGCGUUUCUCUGACCAGUUUCCUCUUCCCUUAAAAGAGCGCCUUGCAGCUUACUAUGGAGUUUAACCUCAUGCAAUGUAGCUGCAGUCCCAUAAUUAGAGGUCCUUCAGUCUGGGAGACUAUGAGGGAGCCUCUGCACCCAGGGAAAAUGCUACCCUUUACUGGGGGGAAGGGUAAACCAGUAGGGAAUACAGUACAAUCCCAACCCUACUGGGAGGGGCGGGAGGGAGGUGUUGCCGUUACUGUAUUAAGUCGAUGUUGGGAAAUGUUUUAACAUCUGGAGCCUUUGUGGGUGGAAAUCUGUCUCCUAUUACAACUCUGCACUGGAUGUGAAGAAGAAAAAAAAAAAUCUAGUCACAAAACAGCACAUUCUGGAAUAUUGUAGGGGAUUUUACCAAAAUAAGAACUAUGUAAUUGAACCAUAGGGAUACGUAAAGAGGAAAACUACUUUGCGCACAAUAAAGGAAACCUAAGAAUGGGGGUCACAAACAGUAAAAGGCUUUCUUUUUUCUUUCAAGUUUUUUUAAGUAAGGGUUUUCUACAUUAUUUCAUCCUGCUUGAUGGGAUUCCUAGGUAUUUGCAUGUUAAUGAAGAACUACACAAAUGAAGUUAGUACAUUUAAAAUGCAGCUUGUGUCUAGGAACAGGCACUUGCAGUGUACAAUAUUAGAUACCCCAUCAUAAAUUAAUAAAGAUUAACUUGGACAAAAUGAAGCAACCUGCAAGCUGCCAAAGGAGUCACUCCUUUGAUUUUUGGGGUAAGGGGAGGGACACUUCAAAGGAAAGGUUGACAUCUUAAUUUUUACAUUUAAAAAAUAAUUAAAGUAGUGAAUAUGAUUUGAUUAUUGUACUUCAUUAGAUUUUAUUUCUAGAGUAAGGCAUUAUUCUUAACGUGCAGUUUAAGGUUCAGGCAUGUGUUCUGGCUCAUAGUGAUCAGAAGUCAUUUAAAUUAGUGGGAAAGUAGCAUGCUUGCAUCACAUAGAGUGAAAUUGGUAUACACUUACCUAUGUUGCGCCAGUUUUGUGUUGCAGUUUACCAAUUUAAUAUAGCCCUGCAUUUAAAAUUCCUUUUUUGAAGAUUCAGUGGAUUUUACUUAAGAAUAUAGAUAUAAAGUACUGUAGUAAACAAUUAGGCCUUGAAAUACCUUUUUAGGAUCUGUUAAGAAUAAGAUUGAUAUUGUAUUGUGUGUAACCUGCACAAUGUGGAAAGCUGAUAUAGCUGUGCAAAAUAUUUGCCUCUGUGCUGUCAGUGUGAUGUGCUUUCUGCAUGGUUAUAUACUAGUGAUCUUCUCAGAAUCUCUAAAAAAGAGUUACAUGGUAAGACCUGUUAAAGGCUGCAUAAAUGUUAGUUGGCACGUAAAGACAAUUGUAGAAGUUGAUGACAUGAUUGAUAUAUUUGUGUUUAUUCCAACUCAACAUAUUACCUUCUAUGCUUUCUUUUUGUUCAAAGCAUGAUCUUAAAGAGAUGUUUUAAUUUUAUGGAUGUAAUGCAGGGUAUCUACACUGUAUUGGCGCAUGUUGGUGGCCCUUUGUGACGUAGUUAAAUGCACAAGGGUGCAAGUUUAAAGCUACAGAGUGAAAGUUGGUUUGGAUCCUCUUCAUUUCAUUUGUUUAGCUUUUCUGUUGUGUUUUUUUUCUCUACUUACAUGUACUCCUGUGAAUAAAUCCUUGUUAAGUUAACCCUUUACUUUUCCUUUCAUGUGUAUUUUCUUAUGUACUGUGAAUGUGAAAUCCUAACUGGUACACUUGAUCUUGUGUCCAUCUGAAAGUGGCAAGUCUUUAAUAAUUUAGAUUGCCUAAAGAGUAUCCCAUGAUGAAAAAGGAAAAUGGAGAGAUUUUUAACUCUGCUGGUCAGAGGUGAAGCCACACCUUUCCAUUUUUCAAGUGCUGCAUAAUUAAUCUGCAAAACAAAAUUAAGCCAUAACAGCCUUUUUGUAGAUUUAGUUUCUCACCUUUGCAUUGCAGAAUGGAUACUGGAUAACAGUUUUGGGGUUUUUUUUUUUGUUUGGUUGGGGUUUUUUUAAGAACUUGCUCUUCUUUGCAUGGUUCUGUUCUUUGACUGUUGAAUGAUUUAGCCAUUGCACUGAAUUUUGAGCUGUGUGAGUGUGAAUUUAUACAUGCUGUUGAAAGAGGUUUUGGGGGUUUUUUGGUUUUUUUUUUUUGUUUGUUUUGUUUGGUUUUUUGUUGUUGUUGUUGUUUGGGUUUUUUUUUUUUUUUUUAUGCAUGACAGCAUGCAUGUUUUACAUGCCCUCCACACCCUUUUUUUUUGGCUUUGCAAAUUGUAAUGGAUUGUGUCUGAAGAACAGUUUGGACAUGUACUGGAUGAAAUACAUUCAGUAAUGCUAGUAUAUAGUGUUUAUUCAAUUUGAUAAAAGUUGCAUGUGAUAACUUGCUUUUAAACUACAUUGCUUUGGUAGCAAAUACCAAAUUCCUCCUUAACUAAUAACUUUGAAGUAAAGUAGUAAUAGUCACUAAAAACACUUUAAAACCAAAUUCUGGAAGGAAAAAACCAACAAAAAUUUAAAACUUAGCAAGGUAGGAUAUUAUUUUAGACCCAAACUUGCUUUAAUUUUGAGUGUGUUUGAACAUCAGGGAAGAGUUCCAGAGAAAUUACCUUAAAAAAUUUUUAGAAUAGAAAACCUACUCAAAUAAUACUGUAGCAAAACAGCUAGAAUCUGAGUUUUAACUAAUCUUUUUAAAUUUGAGAAAGCCCUUUUAACCAAAUAAAACCAUUCCACCUCACCUCAGAUUAGCUUAGGAUGCCACUUUUGUACAUACAUAUUUUAAUAGGUACUUGUACAGAUGUGAACUGAUCUGGUAUAACAGCAAGGAAAAUAAUUAAAAUAAGGCAGAAAUAAACAGUACUGACAAAACAGUCUUUUGUAUCAGUAAGUUCACUCAUGGUAUAUUUUAAAGCAAAUAAACAUACUACUAAUGCAUAAUACAGUGCAGAGAUUUGCAGAAGCCAUUUAGAGUAUAAUGUGAGGUAAGAAAUGUUCUGAAUCAGCAUUAACAUAAUUCAGUUAUUGCAUCAUGGGAUAUAUAAAAAGCAUCUUAAUUCUUGUGGUGUAGUCUUGACAGUUCUUGAAUGUUGACUGAAUGUUUAUACUGGUAGAGUUGUGAGUUUGUCUUUGUUACAUUCCAGUGUUUCUGCCUCUUGGCAUGCUAAAAGCACGGCUUACUUCAUUUGCUCCUUACACACUGAAUAAAGUGCUGUUAGUGUGCUAAACUACAGAAAUAGCCGCUGCUAAGUAAUGGUGUAGUUUUCUACUUGAAUAUUUUUGUUGUAGGAACCUCAGGAGGUCAGUGUUUACUGUUUUUAUAUAUGCCUUUUUCCUGUUCUGAGUUUCCCUUUCUGAAGGAUUCUGAGAGUGAACAAAAGCUGCUGAUCAACCUAAGUUGGUAACAGAAAGUGUAUUUAAAAUCUUUACAAAUGCGUCUUUUUGGCAGUUCUAAAUUGCUGUUAAAUUAGUCUUAAGUGAAGUUCAGUACUAAAUUUUUUUCAUUACACAUUCAGGAAACAGCUCAUUUCAUUUAGGGAAAACGAUUAAAAUAGCUCAUUAUUUUAACCACUGCAAGCAAAAUUAAUCAAUUUUGUAAAUUUUUUCCAAAGCAUGAUUAUUUUCUAAAUCAGUGAAUAUGUAUAUAUUUAAAUUGUAAUAAGCUAAUUCUUAUGCUUUAGUUUAUUGCUUCGUAAAGCUUGUACUCAAAAGGUCACUUUUAGAAGAAUGGGUUUAAAAUUUAUAAUCAUAAUUUUUAAAAGUUAUGAAGUAGCAUAAAUUUUGUAAUUAAUAUUGAUACACACUGUGAUUUUUUUUUGUUGUUAGGACUUUUAUGUUAGCAUCAAUCUUAAUUACUUAACUGCAUAUAUUGUAUAAUAGUAAAAUGUAUAUUUUAAAACUUCAAGUGGAUUUCCUCAAGCGAAACUCAUUGCUACUUAGAAAUAUACAAACACUAGCUUUAUCUCAGGUGAAUACUCUUGUACCCUUUUUGUUCAGAACACAUGCUAAUAAAAAUGUCUUAGUUCUAUUGGUUUAUGUAUUUAAUUUAGGCAGCUCCUAUGUCUCAAACUUACUCUAAAUUAACCUUCUACUGUGGGACAAUAAUGACUUUUGCUUCACUUAUUUUAUUCAUAUUGAAUGUAUUAACAGAUAAGGUGCAAAAACAUUCUUCCCUUGAGGAGAAUGCAUCCAUAUUCAAACAACUUAAAUAUCUCUUGAAAAAUGCUUUAAAUGCAACAUUAUAUUGGAAAUCAUUUGUUUCAGAUUUUGUCAAGGAAAGAAGUUGCAACUUAACACUAAUUGCUUCAAUAUUGUCUCUUUCAUGAGGAUGAUAGAAGUGUAAAGCUUCUAUAUAGGGUCUAAAGAGUAACUUUUUAUCUUAGAUAAAGGUUAAGCUCUACAGUGAAAUGGCAAAACAUCCUGCAGUUAUCUCAGAUAGAUGCUGAUGUAGUUUGCAUACAUAUUUGUUAUAUAUUACAUAUUUCCAGUAACCUCAUCUUGAAUAAAUAAAGCUUGAUCAGUAGCUGUGUAUUUCACUCACCUAUGCAUUCUCCAGAAUGACUUGCAUCCAUCAGUCUUCUAGGUAUUCUCUGAUAGAAGCUGGUUUUUGUCUGCCACUGAUGCUUGCUCUUUGCACUUGAUGGUUGGAGCAAGCCAGUUUUAGACUAUUACUUUAAGUCGGAAACUGAGGCAAGUACUCUUAUUUCUUGCCUUGGAGAGUAUAUUCUGGUAAAAUAAUAAGAAUAAUUGCUCACUUGAAUGUACUUAUAUGAGGGAAGUUUAAAAUGGCUCUUUAAGAUUAAUUCCUGUGUGGUGUUACAGUAUACUUUAAGUAAGCCAAAUCCACGUCUUGAAGAAUUCAACUCUUACAGUAUAGUGUCAUUUUUCUAUAAGCUGGUUCUAUUGUGCUACUUUUGCCUUAGGUAUCUAUUUCCUUUGGGUGGGCAACAAAAUUGAGAAGGCCUGAGUGUUUUUUGCAAGGACAGUGGUUAGAAAAAAAACAGAUUGGUAUAAGCACGUUCACUUGGCUGUUGAAAUCUCCACUCUAAUAUUUUUUUUCAUGGAAGAGAUAGGUAGUUAUGUUGUACAUUGUCUGAUUUACUAAUACUAGACAUUCUAACAUUUUAAAUUGGAUGCAGUAUACAAAAUAGUUUAAAAUGAAAGAUGACUGGAUCUUUCUGCUGACAACUUAGGUUGUAUGAGUUUUGCCUGAAAGCUUUAAAUCUGAUGUUUCUGUAUCUGCCACAACGUUGGAAUGUUUCCUUCAAACAUAUCCUGCAACCUCUCAAACUGUACUAAAUUGAGUGGUAUUUCUUGAAGUCUGCCUAUGUGCUAACAGAACUUCAUUUUAAAUAGAAUAUGGUUUUAAUUUUUGAUAAGCUGCUGAAUUUUAAAGAGUUUUUGGGGCCACCAAAUAUUUUGGAUCAUGCAGAGAAUAUAUAUUGUACUGUAGUAAUUUUGUAUUUACAUUUGUAUGAUGUGACAUAAUAGAUGUGAAUGUUAAUCACUGCUUGACUAUGUUAAUAAAGUUGUUUAAAUAUA